AUUAUUUAUUUCAGAUCUAAACAGGGAAGAUGUUGAUCGAAGAUGGUGAAACGAAACUAGCUGAUAAAUUUUGAUCAACAUUAUGUAUUUUCGGCGUAAUUAAUAUGCUGAUGAUCGGACAGAUUUAAACACAAUUCAGGUUUUUCAUAUUGCGAUCAAAAAUGAAGCGUUGAAGGUUUGAGAGGAGCCAGUUAAGGCCUCUGUGAUUUACCAGGACUUGACAUAUAACCAGCGAGUCAAGGUUGUCUUGAGGUGGUUCCACCAAAAAGACACCGCUCCUCGUAUUGCGUUGCGCAUAAUAAAUAUAGCGAGUGGGGGAAGAAACUGCUUGUUGCGAGGUGGAUUUUUCGAUCAAUGAAGACUCACUAAGCUUGGUCCAACGCUGAAACGCCUGGGCCAGCAGGACUUUGCUAGUGGAAAAAAUCCAAGCUCAUCAACAGCGAUGGAUUUAGGUGAAAUAGAUUUAAGUCACUUGACUGAGGAGGAAAGGAAACAAAUUGAGGCUGUAAUGAAAAGACAGAAAGAUGAAGAAGAUAAAGAGGCUAAAAUCAAGCGUUGCCAAACCAAGUCAUGUGCUCGUUGUGGUGGAAAGGUUACAUUACGCUCAAACAAGAAAAAUGGAUGUUUGUGCAUAAUGGAAUGCAGUCGGCCAUAGUUACUACAAUGAUAGUGGAUGUAACGUAGCCUUCACAAGUCCAGAGCCAAAUUAGAGAGCAGAGCGCAUGCAUUAUUAUGAAGACUACCAGCUUAAGAAGACAUGCUUUCUGUUGCCAUACUAUUGAUUUUCAGCUCAUCUUGAAUGCGCUGUACCUGCUUCAGUUCAUAAGUAGCCUGUUAAGUUAAACUAAUAAAUAUGUAGCACAUUAAUUUGCAUCCUCUAUUAAUUUUAAUGAAGAUUAUAUCAUUGAAAGUGUAUAAACCUGUUUUAAUUUGUUACAGUAGUAUCGUUGAAGGUGUAGUUUUCCCCCUAAUUCAUUAGUAGUAGGAAGCCUGUAAUUAGCUGUUGUUUAAAUCUUAGAGUAUGUAUUUACCUGUACGUAUGUAUCAAUUUGCAACAAAUGUAAUGAAAAUGGCAUUGAAAUUGUUUUAUUUAAUUUGUAUCGUUUUACUGUUUGAAUUUCCGCUAUCAGCUGUUCAAGUUCAAUUAAUAUGCAGCAGGUGAUAAUAUGCAUAUUAUGAAUAUUCAUAAAGAUUUUAGAGUAUGUGUAACUAUUGAAUCAUAUAUGGUUAACUAUUAUAUAAAUUUUGAUUUAUAAAGCCUCUAAUAAUCAUUCGAUAUUUUGUAUUAUCUAGUCUAAUAAGUAUUCAUGACUCUGUUUAAAAAAAAUUUUUAAUAUACCUUCUUUUCCAAUUCUUAAGGACUGCAAUUAUUAUAGCCUUCCUAUCCUAAUGAAUAUUCAUUUAAUUUAUUACUAUAUAAUCUCAUCUAAUGAAUAUUCAUAAAGAACCUUGAAAUAGUCACUCCGAAUAUUGGUUGUGCUUCAGUGUGUGUCUUAGAAAAUGUACCGUCUCUUCCAAUUCAUGAGGACAGCAAUUAUUGUAGGCUUCUAUUUUAAUGAAUAUGUAUUUAAUUUAUUAAUGAAUAAUCUCAUCUAAUGAAUAUUCAUAAAGAACCUUGAAAUAGUCACUCCCAAUAUUGGAUUGUGCUCCGGUGUAUGUCUGAGAGUAAAUGGAUGAUAUGAUGGAUGUGAAUUGAUUUUGUUUGUCGUCCAGGCAGUAAACUACUUGCGAGUGUUGGUAAGCUGUUCUUAAGCUGUAUUCACACUAUCAAACUGUUGAAUGCCCAUAUAUAGUCAUGAUGUCCCUAUAUAUGGUCAUGAUGUGAUGUCAUCAUGACAAUAUAAUUAGGCUAUAGGUUUUCUAGAUAAUUCAUGCUUGAUAAUUUAUCAUUAAUUAAUGUUUGUAGCUACAGUUACAUGUAGCUAUGAAUUGUUAUUUUUUCUGGUUAGCGUUUUGGUAGAACUAACACUAGCCAUCUGUAUUGUAAAUAUUUUAGUCCUAUAAUACAUCUACAGUACUACUACAAAAACUCAAAGAUAAUACCAUAAUUUCCACUAUUAUUUAUUCAUUUCUUAAAUUGUAUGGUAGUGAAUUAAAGAUACUGUAUAUGUUGAGAAUACUUUAAAAAAUUGAAUUAAAUAAAAUUGAAAUAAUUCAUUGUAGUAAAUGUUUUAAUCCUGUUGAAAUAGACUACAUAUAGUCACAGAUAGUACCAUAAUUUCCACUGUAUAUUUUCAUGUAGGCCUACUUUAAAUAUUUCUUAUAUUGUGUAAUAUGGUAUUGGAUUAAAGGUACUAUACUGUUAUUGAGAAUAUAAAUUGAAUUACUAAAGCUGGCUAUCAGGGUAUGAAUUUUGCCUACUCUAUGUUCCAUACUGCAAAAUGUUGCUAUAUCAGCCUUAGGUGACCACAGCAAUUAAUUUUUCUACAGUAUCAAAAUAAGG